UUUGCUCAUCUAAUGUUAUAUUUCUCUUGUUAUUUUAGUUUGAUAGAAAAAAUGGCAAAACCCAAGACUUGUGCAAAUUUACUCAUGAUAUUCCUCAUCAACUCUUUGAUUUUCACUACAUUUCCUUCUCAAUCACGUGCUUCAUCCUCCGUCGAUUUUGUCCGGCCACCGGCUCGGAGUGUCAUUGUCACGCCGCACAACCGUUCCGCUUCUGAUCCUCAACAGGUACAUGUAUCCUUAGUGGGAAAGGAUCAAAUGAGAAUAACAUGGAUUACCCAAGGAAUGGCACCCUCAAUAGUAGAGUAUGGGACAAAUUCAGGAGAGUAUGAUACAUUUGCAAAAGGUGAUCACAAGACGUACCAUUAUUUUAUGUAUAGUUCGGGACGAAUACAUAAUGUUGUGAUAGGACCUUUGAAGCCAAACACUACGUAUUAUUAUCGAUGUAGCAACAAAGGCCCUCAAUUUUCCUUGAGAACACCUCCUCCUUCUUUUCCAAUUGAAUUUGCCAUUGUUGGGGAUUUAGGCCAAACAGAAUGGACUAAAUCAACCUUAGAGCAUGUUGGACAAAGAAAUUAUGAUGUAUUCCUACUACCCGGAGACCUUUCUUAUGCGGAUACCCAACAACCACUUUGGGAUAGUUUUGGUCGUUUAGUUGAGCCAUAUGCAAGCCGAAGACCAUGGAUGGUUACACAAGGUAACCAUGAGGUUGAGUUCCUUCCCUUUGUUAGUGACUCUUUUAGGGCAUACAAUGCAAGAUGGGGCAUGCCCUAUGAGGAAAGUGGGUCAACUUCAAACCUCUAUUACUCAUUUGAUGUGUAUGGGGCCCACAUCAUAAUGCUUGGGUCCUACACUGACCAUGAUGUUGAUUCAGCUCAGUAUACAUGGCUUCAAAAUGAUUUGGCAAAAAUCGAUAGGUCAAAGACUCCUUGGAUCAUAGUGUUGUUACAUGCACCAUGGUAUAACUCGAAUACUGCUCACAAGGGCGAAGGGGAAAGUAUGAGACGCGCAAUGGAAGAUAUGUUGUAUAACGCUAGAGUUGAUGUGGUAUUUGCUGGUCAUGUUCAUGCAUAUGAGCGAUUUACAAGAGUUUAUAAUAAUCAAGUUGAUCCAUGUGGACCUCUUUACAUUACCAUUGGUGAUGGAGGGAAUAGAGAAGGUCUUGCUUUGAUGUUCGAAGAUCCAGCUCCAUCGAUUUCAAUGUAUAGAGAGCCGAGUUUUGGACAUGGACGGUUGAGAUUGGUUGAUGGUAAAAAAGCUCAUUGGUCAUGGCACCGUAACAAAGACUCAAAUGCCACAACAUUUGCCGAUGAAGUAUGGCUAGAAAACUUAAGUACGACCUCCUCAUGUUCAUCAAACGGCUCAAAAUUUUCCCACGAUGAAUUUUGAAAAUUGUUUGUAUGUAACAUCAAAUAUGUACGUAGCUAAUUGUAAGAAUAACUAGAAUUAAUGUCUUGUCUUGGACUCUUGGUCGGAGUAAAGACUGCUGUCUCAAGAUAAGAUAUUAAAUUUAAUUAUAUUCUCGCAUAGCUUUUUUCUUCCCUUAGCUUCUCAUGUAUUUAGAAAAUUUAUGAACAAUACUUUAGAUUUAUAGGAGGAAUUGAGGAAAUGAAGUUUUGAUUUCCGUAGAACUAUACUCCGUGAUUUUUUUAACACAUAUGUAUC